ACCUGCAUGUCUAAACCAGCAGUUCAUCUGGACUCUGAUCAGGUCUUGUUUUGUUUGGAUGUUUGAGGCUUGUCAAUAAUCGUCAAUUUUCCAGAAUCGAUUUUUCAUCCCGAUUCUUGAACUUUGGACACUGAACCUCUCUCCUCCAACAACCGGCUCACAGCCCCCCCUCUGCCGACCCAACUGCCCCUCUGCCCCUGUCCUCUGACCAGCCCCUGAUUGGGCCCUGAGAUGCUGCUGUCCCCCCCCCCUCUGACCCCCCGGUCCCCAUCCCCUUUGGCCCCGCCCCCUGAGGUGCUGCGUGAGGCAGAGCGUUGUGUGUUUGCCUUCUACCUGCUGGUGCGUGACGGCGCCCCAGUAUGGCGGUUAGAGGAGGCGAGGCGGUUGGAGGUGCGUGCGUGGGACGGGGAGCGGGGCCAGUUGGCGCCACUGUCUCCGGGGCAGGCGCUCGUGUACGCGCUCGUGCAUGACCGCACAGACUAUGCACGUGCCCUCCUGCGCCGCUACGGGCUAACGGCCCUAACACCAGAGCCUUGUGCCUUCUGCAUGCGCUCAGUUGGACCUGUGCAUCUGAGGCUCGCCAUCAGGUACGACCGACAAGAGGCGCUACGACUCAUCCUGGACACGCUGCAGUCCUCUCUGACCCCAGCCGACCUCAGCUCGUACUUGGACUCUCGGCCACCCUGUUCUCACCUGGAUGGUGGAGAUGCAGCAGUGGCAGUUGCCGUGGUGAUGGGGCGCUCGCGGUGUCUGUUGAUGUUGUUGGCGUCUGGUGCCACGGCGACGGGACUGGAGGUGGGGCUACAGAGGUUGGAGGCAGGCCAGGGGGCGGAACAGGAAGUGCUCAGGUGCGUGUACUUUCUGCUGUUGUUCGGAUAUGCCCCCUCGCCCCGCCCCCUGGAUCCACACCUCAGGUGCAUUCUGGGAGAACCGCUCUUCCAUUGGCUGUCAGGACGGUCCCCACCCACUCUCCUCCUGCACGCGCUCAGAAGCAUCGCUCGGACAGCGCCAGAAUCCAUCGCCGAACUGCCUCCUGGACUUCUAUGAGUACUACUGUUACUACUACAAGUACUAAUGCAACCACUCCCUCCAGUAUUUUAAGAACUACUACUACUGAUACUACAUUAGACCCCCAUGGACUCCUUAUGAGUACUAUCAGUACUACAACUGCCCGGGGUGGAUUUAGACAUUUAAGAUAUUUUUUUUAUGUAAAUAAAGUGUAAAUACAGAUUCUACCCCCUCCCUCUCCCCAGACUCCUCCCCUCCCUGUCUCCUCCCUGUAUUUCUGUAAA